GGGAGCGGCCGCGCUGCCGGGCCCGGCCCCGGAGCCCCCGCCAUCGCCGCCAUGCUGCGCCCCAAGGCCCUGACCCAGGUGCUGAGCCAGGCCAACACCGGCGGGGUCCAGAGCACCCUGCUCCUGAACAACGAGGGGUCCUUGCUGGCCUACUCGGGCUACGGGGACACUGAUGCCAGGGUCACUGCUGCCAUCGCCAGCAACAUCUGGGUGGCCUAUGACAAGAAUGGGCACCAGGCCUUCAAUGAGGACAACCUCAAAUUCAUCCUGAUGGACUGCAUGGAGGGACGAGUGGCCAUCACACGGGUGGCAAACCUGCUGCUCUGCAUGUAUGCCAAGGAAACUGUUGGAUUUGGGAUGCUGAAGGCCAAGGCACAGGCGCUGGUCCAGUACCUGGAGGAGCCGCUGACGCAGGUGGCCGCGUCCUGAAGGUGCCACCGUGCCAAAGCCAUCUCCUUCAACACUGUCACCUGCCUGGCUGGGGGUGAGGGGCCCCUUGGGCACCCCCUGGAGCUCGGUCCUGCUGUGGUGUGGCCUUGAAAAAUAAGCAAAACGAAAAGAAACAAAACAGCAGGGUCGGGGGGAGGGGG